AGAGAGAUGAGAGAAACUGAUGGGAUUCAGAAUGAGUUCGAAUCAGCUGAGAGGCUCCGACAGCCCUUGCUUGUGAAGAAUGAUCAUAGGAUCAACAAUACUUCCCAGUAUGCUCUUGUCGGAGCCAAACUUUCUCCGAUUCAGAGUCUUGACUACGAGACAAUUGAGAAUGAUCUUUUCAAGCAGGACUGGAGGUCCAGAACAAAGGUUGAGAUGUACCAGUAUGUUGUCCUAAAGUGGACAUUUGCACUUCUUAUUGGUUUAUUUACUGGGUUUGUUGCCUUCUUUAAUAAUCUUGGAGUUGAGAAUAUUUCUGGUUUCAAGCUUUUGCUCACCAACAAUCUCUUGCUCAGACAAAAGUAUGUUCAGGCUUUUGCAGUGUAUGUUGGUUGUAACAUGAUUUUAGCCAUGGCUGCUGCAGCCCUCUGUGCUUACAUUGCCCCUGCAGCAGCAGGGUCUGGCAUACCCGAGGUGAAGGCAUACCUUAAUGGUAUAGAUGCACAUUCUAUAUUGGCUCCGAGUACCCUCUUUGUAAAGAUAUUUGGUUCAAUUUUUGGGGUUGCUGCGGGAUUUAUUGUGGGAAAGGAAGGACCGAUGGUACAUACUGGUGCUUGCAUAGCCAAUUUACUCGGACAAGGUGGUUCUCGAAAAUAUCGGCUGACGUGGAAAUGGCUAAGAUACUUUAAGAAUGAUCGUGAUCGAAGGGAUUUGAUCACAUGUGGUGCAGCUGCUGGUGUUGCCGGUGCCUUCCGUUCCCCUGUUGGUGGUGUCCUUUUCGCACUUGAAGAAAUAGCUUCAUGGUGGAGGAGUGCUCUUCUGUGGCGCACCUUCUUUACAACGGCUGUAGUAGCUGUAGUGCUGAGAACUAUGGUAGAAUAUUGUGAGGGAGGAAAAUGUGGUCUUUUUGGGAAAGGAGGUCUGAUUAUGUUUGAUGUUAAUUCAACAAAGCCCGAGUACAGCAUAUCUGACCUGUUCUUAGUUAUAUUUCUUGGAGUUAUUGGAGGUCUUAUGGGAAGCCUUUACAAUCAUCUCGUGGAUAAGGUCCUUCACACUCACACCAUUAUAAAUGAGAGAGGCCCAAUAUUCAAAGUUGUACUUGUCAUGAUUAUCUCCUUUGUAACCUCUUGUAUUCGAUUGGGCCUUCCAUUGCUAUCAAAGUGCGUCCCUUGUCUUCCUAACACGAAGAUUGGGGAUCAGUGCCGAAGCGCAAGCGUGGUGGGGUUCUCUCAAUGUCCACCCAACCACUACAAUGACCUUACCUCCCUCUUUUUUACAACCAAUGAAAAUGCUAUCCGAAACCUAUUCAUUGCUGGGUCUGACAACAGAUUUAAGCUUUCUAGUCUUGUAAUUUUCUUCGUGGCAAUAUACUUGCUUGGAAUUAUCACCUAUGGCAUUGCCGUUCCCUCUGGGCUCUUUAUUCCUGUGAUACUUGCCGGAGCAUCAUAUGGGCGUCUUGCGGGGAGUCUCUUAAAACCAUUCACUGUUCUUGAUGAAGGUUUGUUUGCCCUCCUUGGAGCUGCAUCCUUUCUUGGUGCCACCAUGAGAAUGACCGUUUCUAUUUGUAUCAUACUUCUUGAGCUCACUGAUAACCUUCUCAUGCUCCCGCCUGUCAUGCUAGUUCUGCUUAUUUCAAAGUCCGUGGCUGAUUGUUUUAACAAAGGUGUUUAUGAUCAGAUAAUGGAAAUGAAGGGGCUACCUUAUAUGGAGGCACAUGCAGAGCCAUACAUGAGACAUUUAGUUGCUAGUGAUGUUGUUUUUGGACCCUUGUUUACUUUUUCUAGCGUUGAAAAAGUGGGGAAUAUAGUGCAUACUUUAAAGAUGACGGGACAUAAUGGGUUUCCCGUAAUUGAGAAGCCUCCUUUCUCGGAAGCUCCAAAGUUGUAUGGGUUGGUUUUGAGGUCUCAUCUGAUUGUGCUUCUUAAACAAAGGAGGACAUUCACUCGGCAGAGGCUGAUAAGUGGGCCUAACAUUACGAGGAGCAUGUUUAUGGCACAUGAUUUUGCAAAGCCAGGUUCGGGCAAAGGGCUAAAGCUGGAGGAUUUAGACAUUUCAGAAGAGGAAAUGGAAAUGUUUGUUGAUCUUCAACCAAUUACUAAUAUGUCACCGUAUACGGUAUUGGAAACAAUGUCUCUUGCAAAAGCUGCUCUUCUUUUUCGACAGGUUGGCCUCAGGCACAUGCUGGUGGUGCCUAAAACACCCGGAAUUCCUCCAAUUGUUGGGAUCCUGACAAGGCAUGAUUUCAUGCGGGAGCAUGUCUUGGGAUUAUUCCCUCUCUUCAACCACCGCAAAGAAACAGAUGAUCCUGAACCUCAAAUUUCUAAUUUAUAAUGAUUUAUGCUGUAAUUGUUUCAUAAAAUCCUUAUCAUUAGUUAUAAAGCAUCAUGGAAUCCCUUCGUAUUACAGACUAACAAAGGAUUUUACUGAAUCAGCUUGUAGUUCUGGGAGAUGUGAC